UCAGAAGUUGGCAGCAGUGUGACAGCGCCAGAACGGGUGUAUCGCAGUUUCAAGUUCAGACCCACGCAGAGAACAACAACAUCCUGACAACAUAAAUACAAGCAGGUCGGAGGAGAAUAUGGUCGUAAACCUCUGUCUGCCACACUUUUCAACAACGGCUCAUUGCAACAAGCUCUGCGCAGACGGCUACGAUGUUACGAACAUUGUGUCCGCCGACCCCGCGCUACGGAAACGAGGCUUCAAGCUGGAAUACUUCUUGCGUCCACCCUUACACGUGACACUGAAGUUCGGCUUCCCGGUGGAGCUUUGCCGGGUGGAUGUGGAGCUGUGGCCCUGGGGAAUGGACCUGGGCCAGGCCUGCAAGAGACUCGAGAUCAGCACAAGUUCGGACACUCAAGCUCCGUCAAGCCGUGGGCGGCUUCAUCAUCAGGAGCGGCGUGAAGAGCAGACGAAGGACCAGAACACGAAGAACGGACAUAAGCACCAACAUGCUUUGAGUCAAUCUGGACAGAGCAAUGGCCGCCAGUGGAGCGUUCAGGCCCACCAGUGGGAGAGGGAAGCUCCCGGAGGCGCUCAACAGGCAGACUUCAAACCUCGGUCGAACUCUGAAUCCAGCUGUCCUGACUCGGAUUUCAAGCUCGUUGCUCGUUGCGAACUCCGGGAACAAACGCAGGUUUCAUUCAGUCAUUCGAGCUUUCGCCCCCGACCUCCAUUCCUCGGUCCUCCUCCUCCGCGGCCGGCGAGCUGCCGGCAGGAGAAGCUGUGGAGUCGGGGGCCGCUCUCGCUGGGCGCGGUGACGCAGCUCCGCGUCGCUGUGCCUUUCGGCGGCUCGGCUUCCUCUCUGGGGCUGAAGGCUUUGGCCGUCUGGGGACAACCCGCUCGCUGCUGCCCCUCCGAACAAGUGGCGAGGAUCGAGAGAAUCCACGAGGCGAACGAAAGACGGGCGGAGCGUCCCGUGCUUUUCGCUGCUCCUGUCAGACCGACCGCACAGACGCUCCCAGACCUAAGUGUUUCCAUCCCAGAAGAGUUCCUGGAUCCUCUAACGCAGGAGGUAAUGGUGCUCCCCAUGCUGCUUCCUGGCGGGAUGUCGGUGGAUUCCUCCACUCUGGAGGAGUACCAGAAGAGAGAAGCCACUUGGGGGCGACCGCCAAACGACCCCUUCACCGGCGUCCCGUUCACCUCCUCCUGCCAGCCCCUCCCCAACCCCCAACUCAAAAGCCGCAUCGACCGCUUCCUCCUGCAGAAAGGGAUGGUGAGGAGGGACGGGGCGCUGGGGGGACAAGACCAGGGACAGAAUCCUCAGGCCUCGAGACUCGUAACCUCCGGCAUUCAGGGACAUUCUCAGAGUUAUCCAAGUUUUAGGAAGGCGUCGGUAAACCGCGACUGUACUCGGUUCACAGCUGCAAACAGAGACACGAGCCGUACUUCGGCUCAGACAGAGAAUACUGAUUUAGGACCGUCGUCAAAUGACGGGGCUGAUUCCCCGCCAUGCUGUGAGGAGAGUAAAUCAGAGUUAAAUAGAAGGAAGAAACGAGAUCUAAGUGACAUUUCAGCGGAAGCUGACGAACAACUGACCCCUCAACGCAAAAAAAUAAGCAAUCACUCAGGUUCAGAGCUUAGCUGCGGUUCCCACGAGCAGCUUCUCUCAGCCAGCCUGGACGAGGCCCUCUUCUCUGCCCUGCAGGGCCGACCCUCCUUCACCACAAACCUGCUCCGCCAAGGAGAGAGCACAUCUCUGUCGACAGCGUGCCAAAGUUCAGGCUCUUUAAGCUCACCGACAGAUGCCAAGGUGUGCUCUGAGUGUUCCCGUUCAGUCUCCGCUUACUCCGCGUCAGCGUCGUCCGUCUACCGGCUGAAAUGCGGCCACUUGCUGUGCCGUGCCUGUUUGCAGAAAGACUCGAAACCAUCAAACUCUGCCGAUGUGCGCGGCGUUAUUUCCUGUCCGGCCUGCCAAAGUCCUACUCCACGCAGUAACAUCAUACGUGUACAUCACUGAUAGAAAGCAAACGACUCAUUAAACUGAAUAGAUCUGCUGCUGUGAGUUUAUGUCCAGGGCUGAUUUUGUAAUGUCGCUGCUUUGACCUAUAUUGUUACUAAAUCUGAUGGCAUCAUCCUGUGUUGUCCUCCAGCGAAGGAAAGAACAUCUUACGUACGUUUCCAUUGGGAACGUAUAAAAAUACACACACAUAUAUAUAUGUCCUCCUCCACCCCUUCUACCUUUUUCACGGACUCUUUGUUGGUGGAGUUGCAGCCUUGGUGCUGUCGUCCGUGCACAGAGGGAGGAGACGUGGCUGUGCAGAGGACGAGCGAACAAAGAGUGAGGGGCAGCGGCACUUGUGAGCUUGAAAAACGAGGAAUAUGCGAGAGGGAACGGAGUCGAUCCAAGGCCGGGUGGUCAUUGUGAGGAAACUAGAAGGGUCACGAUCAGCUAAUCUUCUGAGCUCAUGGAUGUUUUACUCUCCCCGUCCUCAUGUCUGGGCGCUGUCUCAUCUUGCUUUUUAAAAGUGAAAGCAGAGGGUUUAGAGUUAAAAAAAACGGUGAAACUCAUACAGGGCUUUUUUUUGCACUUUCUUGAACAGAACAGAGUUUGCAUAAAUGGGAGACACACUGCGAAGCACACUUUGAACCUUCGUAAUUUUGGUGUUUUUGGAGACAAAAUGGCGUGCCGGCAGUCCUGACCUCAAUCAAUCCUACACUUUUAAGACCAGAAUGCCGUUGUGUUUGUGUCAGAGUGACGAUGUUGGUUAAAGAACGGGAAACCAUCCCACAGCAGCGUGUGACGAAGCUGGUGUCCAACAUGAGGAGGAGGCUUUCGUUAAAUCGCUAAAAUGUCUUGUUUCUUCAAACUUCAGCUACAGAAUUAGCUGCUUUCAUGGACAAAACUCACAAAAUAGACAACCAACAAUGUAUUUUAUUUACAAAUUGUUGAAUCAUUUAAAGGAAAAUAAAUAUUCUUUCCAGAGAUGUAAGAUUUAUUCCCAGGAUAACCAUGAAUUAAUUGCCCAAACAUCAAGUUUCCUACUUUUUGAGCUUGUUUUAUUCGCACCUGUGUCUAUACUUCAGACGCUAGUUGAAUUUAGAGAAAUUUACAAAAAAAAUUUUUUUGAAUGUCCAGUUCUAAAAAAAAAUUAAAGGUUGAAGGUUGUAUAAUCCUUCCAACCUGGGGGUAAAAAAAGUCAAAACACACCAUUAAAAGCUCAAAGUCAUUUAGACAUUCAUGCUAACGAGUGUGUGUAAAUUGCUGUUUGGGAGUCUGAGCAACGAGGAUGGUGUGAGACAUAGCGGCAGCACAGGCGUCUCCUUAUACAGCCUCGAAACAGCUGCUCUGGGUUCAGUUUCUGACCUUGGACCAAUGCUUCUUCACUGCUCAUUUCAGGUCGGAUUAAUGGGGGGGGAAACACACUGAACAUCUUUUCUGUAGAAGACUUCAAUGAACUGAAUCUUAAUAAAAAAUGGUUAACCACUUU